GGCCGGGUCCCCGCGCCGGGGGCUAGCUCGCUGGCUGGGCACGGUGGGCGCGCCGGCCGCUCUGGGCAGAUGCCGAUUGAGAUUGUGUGUAAAAUUAAAUUUGCCGAGGAGGAUGAGAAGCAGAAGGAGGAAGAGGAAGGGGACAAGGAGAGUCUGAUCGAGGAGCCCAGCUGCCCGCGUGCCCACGACCUGGCCACCUUCGCUGGCACCAGCACCCUGCACGGCCUUGGCCACAUCUGCGGGUCGGGGCGCCUGGGCGUCCGGCAGACCCUGUGGGCGUUCGCCUUCCUGCUCUCGCUGGCCUUCUUCCUGUCGCAGUCGGCCCGCUCGGCGCUGCUCUACCUGGAGCGCCCGCACCUCACGGCGCUGGACGAGGAGGCCGCCCGCGAGAUGCUCUUCCCGGCCGUCACCAUCUGCAACAUCAACCGCUUCCGCCACUCCGCGCUCUCCGACGCCGACAUCUUCCACCUGGCCAACAUGACCGGGCUGCCCCCCAAGGACCGCGAGGGGCACCGGGCGGCCGACCUGCUCUACCCCGACCCAGACAUGGCCGACAUCCUCAACCGCACCGGCCACCAGCUCGACGACAUGCUCCAGAGCUGCAACUUCAGCGGCGAGAAGUGCUCCUCCCGGAACUUCACCGUGGUCUACACCCGCUACGGGAAGUGCUACACGUUCAACGCCGACCGGAGGCGCCCGCGCGUCACCCGCCAGGGCGGGAUGGGCAACGGGCUGGAGCUGAUGCUGGACGUCCAGCAGGAGGAAUAUCUGCCCAUCUGGAGAGAGACCAACGAGACGUCGUUCGAGGCCGGGAUCCGGGUGCAGAUCCACAGCCAGGACGAGCCGCCCUACAUCCACCAGCUGGGCUUCGGGGUCUCCCCCGGCUUCCAGACCUUCGUGUCCUGCCAGGAGCAGAGGCUCACCUACCUGCCCCAGCCCUGGGGGAACUGCCGGGCCAGCCUGCCCGGGGAGCAGAUCCUGCCGGGCUACGAGGGGUACAGCAUCGCCGCCUGCCGCCUGCAGUGCGAGAAGGAGGCCGUGGUGAGCAGCUGCCAGUGCCGCAUGGUGCACAUGCCAGGCUCCAUCACUGGGCCAGGCCCCCGAGGGCGCUGCAGCUGCCCCACGCCCUGCAACCUGACGCGCUACAACAAGGAGAUCUCCAUGGUGCGCAUCCCCAGCAAGGGCUCGGCCCGCUACCUCGCCCGCAAGUACCACCGCAACGAGACCUACAUCCGAGAGAACUUCCUGGUGCUGGACAUUUUCUUCGAGGCGCUGAACUACGAGGCCAUCGAGCAGAAGAAGGCCUACGAGCUGGCGGGGCUGCUGGGGGACAUCGGGGGGCAGAUGGGGCUGUUCAUCGGCGCCAGUGUCCUGACCAUCCUGGAGAUCCUGGACUACGUCUAUGAGGUGAUCCGGGACAAGGCGAGCCGGGCUCUGGGCCGUGCCAAGCCGCCCCUGAGGAAGCCGUCGGGCAGCAUCGCCACGCUGGGGCUGGAGGAGCUCCAGGAUCAGAGCCCCUGUGGGACGCUGGGCCGACACGCUGAGGGCGCCUACAGCACCAGCAUCCUGCCCAACCACCGCCACCGCUACGCCCACCAGGGCGUCUUCGAGGACUUUGCCUGCUAGGCCGGGCUUUGCACCGCGGGCCCCAUGCUCUGCACGGAGAGCGGCGCCAGCGCCUGGCACGGGGGGCACCAGGCCCCUCCCCUCCCCAGCCGCCCCCCCAACCCGUCAGCCACGCCUGGCCCCAGGACCGGCCCAGCCCGGCAGCCCCACGCCCAGCCAGCGCCGGGGUCGGCCCAGCACGAAGCACACGGCGCAGAGCCGAGCCGCGCAGCCUGGACAGACGCGGCACCGGCCGGAGAACAGCCCGGCCCGAGGAUCGGGCCCAGCGCGGGGACUGGGGGGCAGGGACCCUGUGUGAAUGCUGCAUUUGGCUGUGGAGGCGAACCCUCCCCACAGUGUGGGUGAACCCCCCCCCCAACCACACAC